AUGUGUCGUUGGUUCUCAUAUAUUUCUGCCUCUGAGCCAUGUCUCCUCGAAGACGUUCUUAUCACGCCUGCCCACUCUAUAAGCAAGCAAGUCCACGCCCACUAUCUUCCAUUGCUCAUCUCCCAUGAUCCUAAAGUCCACGCUGAGCCCACCUCUCAAUCCGAAAUUAGCCACCGCAACCGUGUUUUUUGCGAAGAUGGUAUUGGCAUGGCAUGGUACACGCCAACACUCUCACAGUUCUGCACUUCCUCCCCCCGCGAGCACCCAAAACCUAGUCUCCAUCCAGCACGUUACAAGACAACACAACAGCCCGCCCACGAUGCGAACUUUCAUUCAAUUUGCGCGAACACUGCCUCGAAUGUUGUCUUCGCACAUAUCCGCGACGCCACAGGGACGGCUAUAACACACGUUAAUAACCAUCCCUUCAUAUUCGGAAUUCAUUGCAUCAUGCACAAUGGCUAUAUCUCCAGCUUUGAGAAGGUCAAGAAAAAGCUCUGCGACACCCUCAACGACGAAGCAUACGCACAUAUCCAAGGGAGUACAGACUCAGAACACUUUGCAGCGCUACUUAUGACGUACCUAUGUCCCCUCUCACAACAAGAAGCGGCUCAUCCACAUUCCUCCGAAGCGUGUGCCUCGCAAAACCCAGGUGUCCCAACCGGAUGGGAGACAUUCCACGGCGUUGCCGAAAUGCAGGUCGCGCUCCAGAAAACCAUCAAUACAAUCAUCAAUCUCCAGCGUACGAUUCUUGGGGACCAAGCGGAGCCAAAUGAUUUCAAUAUAGCCCUUACAGAUGGACGAAACAUGGUCGCAUGCCGGUUCCGCAACCAUCCUACCGAACAGCCACCAUCUCUAUACUGUUCUACACAUGCGGGCGUAACGCUCAAUAGGAAGUUCCCGGACCAUCCAGAUGGGCCAAAGGGCGACCUAGGUAAAGGUAAUAAAACAGAGGGACAUAAUCCGAAUGCUUUCCGCAAAUCAGAGGACCAUGGGCAACAUGUUAUUGUUGCUAGUGAACCGACGACUUAUAAGGGAUCGGAUUGGACAUUGAUCGAGAAGAACCAUCUCGUUUUAGUUGAAGGGACGGGGGAUGUUGUGAUCAAGAAAAUGAUGUAG